AUGUCUUCCGACAACGGCGCUUUCGUUGACCUCACGUCCUCGCCCUGCUCUUCUCCUCGCUCUGUCGCGCGCCGCGGCCCAGCCGUUGUGUCGACUGUCGAGCUGGCCGAUCCUUCGCUGGACCUUGCCGGUGUGCGGGCCUCGCUGAGCGCGUUGCAGCAGGCCGUCGACCAGACCGAGGCAUUGCGCGAGCUUCGUUCGAAUCAUGAGGCUCUGCGCCGCGAGUUUCUGGCUUCACGUCCUCGUGCGGAAGAUCUGGAUCGUUAG